CAAAACUCGAAGACAUUCUUUUGUGGUACGAACUAAACCUUGUAAAUUUGCAUUUCUUGUACAAAUUCAACUUGUAUGGUAAAUCACAGAGCAUGGUGAAUAAUCUUCAUAGCAUCAUAGCUACUGUGUGCUUAUUCCCUAUCAAUUUUUUCUAUCUCCAAUUUCUAGGGCUCACAAUGCCUCCAUGUCAAUUGACUAUAACUCCAUUGUUGUCCCCUUGCCAUAUCAGUUUAAAUACAACUAAAUGCACUCUCGUUCUCAGAUAAACAUACAGCAACUAUAUUUUUUUAGAGCUCCAAAUUGAUGACUAUUCUCUUGCUAUAGAAUAGAAAUCAUAUUAAAUUAGCUAUCGAAUCCCGACAGAUAAUAAAAUAUAAAAAUUAUGGCACCAUGAACUAAACAUCUUUAUACGUUUUAAUUCAAGAAAAUAUAUCAAGUUAUCAACUCCAAUGGAGCAAUAUAGGUCAUAAUGCUCUCUCUCGCAUGAGAGACGUGUUUCAAUUCGAGCAAUGUGGUCUUUUUACAUAAAAGGAAAAGUUGGGCCACAAAUUGACGGAUUGGGUUGGUCGUUUGAGCGACCAAUCUACUUAUCCAAACAUGGGUUGAACGAUUAUAGAAUGUCCAAAUUUGAGGUUGAUCAUAUCAUGUUUGUAACUUGAAUCGUGCCUUUAAGGUCGAAUAGUAUUGAUAAUGAAAGUGAAAAUACUAACAAUAGAACAAGAACAUUUGAUGUGGAUGUUCUCUCAAAAUUUAUGUUUCUUAAAAAGUAUGGUGUUAUGAAAAGUAAAAAAAAACAGGGGUUAUUGAAACUAAAUCUUCAAAGACUAACUGGGACACUAGUUGGUAUCGUUAUUUUUUAUUUCUUACGAUCUUAGUAGACACUCAAUUAUGUAUCAAAAUGUGAGAAUUCAGUCCUUGAUCGGAUCUUCUGCAUCUUCAUAUCUUGCAGCCAAGGGGUUGGAAGUAAUCAAGAUUGCACUGGGAAAAGUGAAAACAUAAGAACAGGCAAAGCACAAUUAUAAAUAACAAAUUUCUGGUAAGAGCAUCUCCAAUGGACAAUGGUGCAAAUGGAGGGAGUUGCAAGCUGAGGUGGCAGCCAUGUGCAAUUGAAAAAGUGGAUGACAUUGAUGCAAGACCAAUUUCAAGUAGUGAAAAUUUGCACAUCAUGUAAAUCUGACAUGCAAUUUCAAUUGGGUCCCUUGUUUGUUUUUGUUUUUCUUUCUUCUUUUCCCAACCAUUUAUGUGAUAUUAAAAUUUAAGUGUGACCCAGAAGUGCAAUUGCAUUGAAAUGACAUUGAUGUAGCUAGUAUGAAAUUGAUAAGUGAAAUAAUUGCUAGAGUUUCUUAGAUGGUAGAAGAAACCACACUUGAAAAUGAAGAAAUAUUGCAUUGUUGAAGAAAUAUUGCAUUGUUGGACAUGCUCUAAAUAUACAAGAAUACCCAAAAAAAUCCUCCCUAUUUACGAGAAUUUCAUUCCACUACUAAUUUUUUCUUUCAGAUCGCUCCUAAAAAAUUAAAAAGAUCACCAAAAUUCCCCCCGUUUUUUUUCUUUGGGCUGCCCAAGUCUAGCACAAACGGGCAGGGGUGGAACCGGAACAAAAAAGAAAGAAAAAAGGCCUUCCUUCCAUAGCCUUGUUUGGUUCGUCUGGUUCCCGCAAGCAAGAUCUAGCAGCAAUAAGGUAUACAGUCACUCAAUUUGGACCCAUGACUCUACCCUUCCUCGACGGCGUUGUAAAGCAGUGUUCUUGAUUCUGUUCCACGACUAUUUUGGUAAGUUUUGAUCUCUCAACCUACAUUAGUUAGCAUCUGCUGUUUAGGGUUUUAUCAGUGAAUUUUUCUUUACUUUCCGCUUCUUGCUUUUCCUGGCUGAAAGUUGGUUCCAUUUUUUAGGUUUUGAAAAUUGACCCAGUGUCCAUGGAUGGGAGCGAGGACAAGGCUGUUUCCUUGAGUAAUGAUUUGGGUUCUUCAUCUACAGUCACAAUUACUGAGCCUGUUGCUAGUGGUAGUGAGAUUACCCCGGUUGCCGAGCUUGCUACUGGGGAAGUUGAGGGAAACAGAGAGGGAGAGAGUGAGAGCGUGAAGACUUCCGCUGAGAAGGUGGCAGUGGAGGAAGGUGGUGGUUCUUGUAGUGAAGUAGAUAAAGAAGUUGGGGGUUCAGGGUUAGGUGUACGUCAUUCUGAUGGUGGGGGUGGGGAGACUUUACAGAAGAAAGUGGUGCUUGUGUUUGAUGGGCGGGAAGUAGAUUUGGAGAGAGCUGCGGAAGAUGCAGUUGAUGAUAUUCCAGUGGGGGAAAUUCAGGACUCGACUGUUCAGUCCUCCGGUGUUGCUGAGGGCUCUUCCAAGGAAGAACAAAGAGAAGAGUUGAAAUUUGAGGAUCUUGGAGGUAAGGAUGGAGGUGUGAGUUGUAGUGAUGGCAAAGAUGAUGAUGAUAGGGCUUCACCUGAUGGUGGAGUUGAUAAGAACCCUAGUACCGAGGUCAGGUUUAGUGGUGAGAUUUUUUCUUCUGUAGAUAAGAGGUCCACAGAUGGAGAUGUAGCUGAAGAGGGUGAAACCAAAGUUACUGGUGAUUCCAAUGAUGCUGAAACUUGUGUUGUACAGGGUUCAGCGGAUGCUUCCGAAGGUGGGGAAGUUCAACUUUCACGGGUUUCAUUGGAUGGGGAUACCCAACUCUUGGAUAAUUCUGUGGAUGGGGAUGCGCAAGUAAAUGAUUUGUCCAGUUGUGGUGAAACUCAGGCCGUACAAGGAUCACGGGAUCAGGAUUCCCAUGUCAUAAGGGAUUCUGAUAAUGAGAACAUGGAUGGUUUCAGGGAUGCGGAAACACAAGUUACUGAUGGCACCAAGGUGAGGGAACCUCGGGUUGCACAAGUUUCAGUCAAUGGCGAUAACCCACCUUUGGAAAUUUCGAGGGAUGGAGAUUCUCAAUUCAAUGAUUUUUCGGAGGAUGGGGGAACUCAGGCUAUACAAAGUUCAGCGGAUCAGGUUAUGCAAGUUGUAGAGGAUCCUGGUAAGGAAGACAGGAAUGGUUCCAGAGUUUUUGAUGGCCAAGUCAACGUUGUCAUCAGUGAUGGAGAAACUCGGGUAACACAGUGUUCACUGAACGAGGAUACCCGAAUUGUAGAGGAUACAGAUAUGGUAGCUGUAGAUGAUACUGAUACCCAAGACCUGGAUGGUUCCAGGGACGGGGAAUCUAGGGUUAUACAAGGUUCUAUGGAUGAGGAUAUUUACAGGGAUGUGGAAACCGAGGUUCCUAAUGAUUCCAGUGGCGGGGAAACUCAGGUUGUGCCAGGUUCAGUGGAUGAGGAUACCCAAUUCGUAGAUGGGAAAACUCAGGUUUCGAAGGACGAGGAUAUGGAGGGGGGUUUAACCAAGAAAGACACUGCAGUUCCCAUGGAGGAUCCGAUCUCUCAGGAAGUCGGACCAUUAGAGAAUGACCCCAAAGAUCUAGAUAUGAGAAGUGGCUUUGGGGGCACUUCCGGGGUUGAGAAUAUAUUUUUUGCUGCUACUGGUAAAGUCGAAUUGGCUGAAGAGUCUGAGGGGCAGCCAAUGAAAACUGUUGAGGUCGAGGAAGAUGCUGCUCAAGAUUCAGAGCCACAUGAAAGUGCUCUUCUGGGCGAUGAAGUAUUUAAUACUGAAAAUGAAGCUGCCUCUCGACGUGAAUCUACUGUCUUGGAAGAUUUAGGACAGCAGAGCCAGGUUCUGGAGGAGGCACCGGUGUUUAUGGUAAGUGCGGGAGGUUCAACUCCCCCAUUAGAAGCAACUGGUAGUGAUUCUCUUGAAAAAGCCCCUACAAGUGUUGCUUUGGAGGGGAUGCUAUCAAGUGCUGCCAAUGAUACGGUUCAAAUGGUGGAAAAUGAGAUUGAUAAUGUCACCUCUGAAACUAUGGAUGAAGAGGGACAAGAUCCUGUUGAAGGGAAAAUGGCAUCAGUUGAUGAAGAAAUUACCUGUGCUAAUAUUGAAGAUCCACCAUCUUUCUCCCAGCCAACUGAUGUAUUUAUUGGAGGCGAAGCUGCAUAUCCUUUGGAGAAUAAGAAACAGCAGGGAAUAACAGUUCCGGACCAGCUAGUAGUGAAGGCUGAAUCAGGUAAAGAUAGUGUGGUAAAUGGCAACAGUCAUCAGUCUCCAGAUUCAGCAUCUUCUUUCCGGUCCACUCGGGCAGUCGCUGGAGAUGAUGUUGCUGAAAUGGAUACCUUUGUCCAUUUAGAUGCAACCCUAUGUCCUGCUGGUGACAAUCAGAAUCUAAAUCCUGAGACAGCAGGGGUGGGGUUGGAAAGAAAUUGUGAAGCAGCUUCCAUCCAGAGCGAUGUGUUGGCCUCUCACGUUGAUAUUACGAAUGAGAAAUCAUUGAAAUGGGCUAGUCUACACCGUGGAAGCUUGGGAAGUGCACACCAAGCUAGUUAUCAGCUACCGUCUGACCAUGAAGGUGAAUUUCAUGUAUCUGAUCUGGUUUGGGGAAAAGUUCGGAGCCAUCCUUGGUGGCCUGGGCAGAUAUUUGACCCCUCAGAUGCCUCUGAACAAGCAUUGAAGUAUCAGAAGAAGGACAGGCUUUUGGUAGCAUAUUUUGGAGACCGGACAUUUGCAUGGAAUGAAGCACCUCUUUUGAAGCAUUUCAGAUCACAUUUCAGGCAGGUAGAGAAGCAGAGUAAUUCAGAAUCAUUCCAGAAUGCUGUCGGUUGCGCUUUAGAAGAAUUUUCCAGGCGUGUCGAAUUGGGCUUGACUUGCUCCUGUGUGCCAGAAGAAGAUGCAGACAGAAUCAAGUUUCAGCUCUUUGAUAAUUCUGGCAUCCAGCAAGAAGCCUGCAAAAGAGGUGAUUUUUUGGGCAAGUCUGGAAGUGCUGAUUUGUUUGAACCUGUCAAGUUAGUUAAUUAUGUGAAAUCUCUUGCACAAUAUCCGACUGGUGGGGCUGAUCAAUUGGAUCUUGUGAUUUUGAAGUCUCAGUUGCUCUCCUUCUAUCGGUUGAAAGGUUAUUCCCCGCUGCCUGAAUUUCAGUUUUGCGGAGACUUGUUGGAGGAUGCAGAUUCUUCUGUCCACGUCAGUGGUGAGGGAUCUGAUGAUCAUAUAGGCUCUGUCUGUAAAGACGACUCGAAAAGUUUGGAAAUUUCACAGGCCCAGAGGCCAUAUUAUUAUAAACGCAAACAUAACUUGAAGGAUGGUGUCUAUUCAAGCAAAAAGGAAAAGUGGGAUUCUGUAGAGGAUGAAGUAGGAGCUGCAGAUGGGAAAAUGGUUUCACCAUCUUCUGCAAAGAGACGAAAGGGUCCUAAUCAUUUUAGUGAUGAAUCAGUUCCGUCGGAAGGGGUGAAAACUAUAUCUCUUGCAAAAAUCUCAAAUACUACAUCAGCUUCUGUUCCUAAGCCCUCCUUUAAGAUUGGUGAAUGCAUCCGUCGAGCUGCUAGUCAUAUGACUGGAUCUCCCUCUAUGCUGAAAUCAAACAGCCAGAAGUUCGAUGGAAGCAGUGAUGUAUAUGACAGCCCCCUACUGGAGCAGUCUGAUGAUACCGAGAGCAACAAAUUGGUGGCUCCAAUGGAGACUCAUUCAUCUGUAGAUGAGUUGCUAUCACAACUUCAAUCAGCAGCACGGGAUCCCCUGCAAAGGCAUGGUUGCUUGGAUGUCUUUUUUAGCUUCUUCUCAGAAUUCAGGAACUCUGUGGUUGUUGUUGAUCAGCAUGAUAAACUUGGUAAGAGGAGGAAGGUGUUUCAUUCAGCGGGCGAUACUGAAACAUUUGAAUUCGUGGACAUGAAUGACACUUAUUGGACCGACAGGGUUAUUCAAAAUGGGUCAGAAGAGCAGCCACCGCCUACUACUCGAAAGAGUAGGAAAAGAGAGAAUCUUUUUGUACCGGUCAGUCUUGAUAAUAAGCAGACUCAGAGGCCAACUGCCAGGAACAAACGACACAUAUCUGAUGGUAAUGACUACAACAAUGUGCCCCCAGAUACAAAACCAAUAGGCUAUGUGGAUGAGAAGACACCAGCGGAGCUUGUGAUGCAUUUCCCGGUUGUGGAUUCUGUACCUUCCGAGAUGAAACUGAAUAAGAUGUUCAAAUGUUUUGGACCUCUCAAAGAAUCCGAGACGGAAGUUGAUAGAAACACCAACCGUGCCAGGGUGGUUUUCAGGCACUGUUCUGAUGCACAGACUGCAUAUGGUAGUGCUUCAAAGUUCAACAUUUUUGGGUCGUUACUUGUAAAUUACCAGCUCAACUAUACCAUAUCUGUGCCAUUUAAAUCCGAGCCACUUCCUAUGACACAUGGCGAGGAAGAUGAAACUGUUUUCCUCCCGUAUUGAAGAGACUGGACGAGGCAACAAAUAUCCAGGUAAUAUUAUGAAUGAAAUCUUCUUUAGUACGUGCUAUAUAGAGCUGCUAUGGAUCGUACUCCUAGCCAUUAAAUGUUGUAGGCGUCAGAAUUUCCUUAGGAAGGGCCCUUCGUGUAAGCUAAUGAUUGAUGCCUCGAAGUUUUAGGAGUGCAGUUAAACUUGAUCUUGAAACAGUAAAUCAUCUUGUUGCAUGGUUCUCUUGCUCAUGGUUGUCAAUUGACAUGUUGAUUUGUGCUGCAGAUGCUAUCGGCACAUGCACUUGCAACCAAGGAGAGAGAGAGAGAGAGAGAGAGAGAGAGCUGUCAGAAGAGCUUGCUUCAAGGGAGUGUUAAUGUGCUUCCUCCCUUGCUGAUCCCAAUAUACGUCGCCGAUGCUUCGACGAAUGACCUAAUUUUGUGCAGAAAUAUCACUAGGCUGCCAUAGCUGUAAUUGUAGAUGGUUUGGCCUGCUCAUUUUAUCAUAUAUCAAUAUGGUUCAGUGGCUGAUUCAUGCCAAUAGGUCUCUUGUUGUCCACUAUGAUAUGGUGCCCAGUGAAGUGUAAAAUGAUGUUAUCCAGAACUAAGAGUGUGCAUGGUCAAAAAUCAAAACGUGGUUGAGAAUUUGAGUUUGGAUCUCAAAAUCCCUUGAUGCUCUCCCCUUGUCAUGAACCACAAAAUAUUAUGAAGGAAUUUAGGAUUAUGAUUCAUGAUGAAGAGCAUUAGAGCAACUUAUUAGCAGAAAAAAACCAAAAAUUAUGUUUAAGAAAACGGCAGCGAUAGA